AUGGCGGUCGACGUCGGAACGCAUUACGUCGAUAGCCCGACUCGCGGCAUCGGCGCCAGGACACGAUCAAUUAGGGGGAAGGAACAUGUGCCAUGGUGGCGGUCGUCGCUGCCGCCUGACAAGACACCGAUGACAGGUCAUUUCGAGGUACAAGAGGUGUACACUCACCUGUUAGCGAUCUUCCGCCUUGCCGGCGACAGACACCGGCUCGAUGGCCGGGGAUACAUCGACUAG